AUGCCGCUUUUCAGGCCUGCCACCAACAGAAGGGAAAAUCCAAGGUCUCUGUAUCUGAACUCCAGCAGCAUUCACAAUAACAAAGAUGAAUUGUCAGCUGAAAUAGAAAUUCAUACACCCCGCUCCUCCAGCUACCGCGCCAAGACCCCGCUCCUCCGGCUCCCUCGCCUGGACCCCGCUCCUCCAGCUACCGCGCCAAGACCCCGCUCCUCCGGCUACCGCGCCAAGACCCCGCUCCUCCGGUUCCCUCGCCAAGACCCCGCUCCUCCAGCUACCGCGCCAAGACCCCGCUCCUCCGGCUCCCUCGACAAGACCCCGCUCCUCCGGUUCCCUCGCCAAGACCCCGCUCCUCCAGCUACCGCGCCAAGACCCCGCUCCUCCGGCUACCGCGCCAAGACCCCGCUCCUCCGGCUCCCUCGCCAAGACCCCGCUCCUCCGGCUCCCUCGCCAAGACCCCGCUCCUCCAGCUACCGCGCCAAGACCCCGCUCCUCCGGCUCCCUCGCCAAGACCCCGCUCCUCCAGCUACCGCGCCAAGACCCCGCUCCUCCGGCUCCCUCGACAAGACCCCGCUCCUCCGGCUCCCUCGCCUGGACCCCGCUCCUCCAGCUACCGCGCCAAGACCCCGCUCCUCCAGCUACCGUGCCAAGACCCCGCUCCUCCGGCUCCCUCGCCUGGACCCCGCUCCUCCAGCUACCGCGCCAAGACCCCGCUCCUCCGGCUCCCUCGACAAGACCCCGCUCCUCCAGCUACCGCGCCAAGACCCCGCUCCUCCGGCUCCCUCGCCUGGACCCUGA